AGCGUCACUUCUUUUGGUUGGAGCUUUGACGAGUUUACUACAUCUGGUGCACUCCUACUUGAAAACUGGCACCCGUGAUUCGCCACGACGAGGUCGACACUCCAAGUAUGAAAUGGGAACCCGUGGCUACACCUGGGCGCUGAAAAUAUUCCUGAGUCAAGAUCUGGCAGACACGCCUAGUAAAGGUUCGGGUCGAAUACUUGGUACUUUCUGGCUCUUCAUUUGCUUCAUGAUCGCUUCAUUUUACCGAUGUAACCUCCAAGCCAUCCUCGUCAACGAAAAGAUUAAGGUUCCGUUCAACUCUCUCUCGGAAUUUCUAAACCAAGAGGAGUUCAAGUUAUCAUGGAUCAACGGCACGGUUUACGGCGAUUCUUAUCAACAAGCAUCAAUAACCAACCCGAAUUCUUCCCGCGCUCGACUCUGGGCGAAGAGGAGCGGCAUCCAGGCAGAUCCUGACGGAGUCGUUGAACUUGUUCUCCGCGAAAAACUCGCAGGUAAAUUAUCUCGAUUAUUCUAG